UUGUUGAACGGCUAGCUCGAGACACUGACGAAGUGUCGUUGUGAAAUCUCAAGGCCCCCUCACCACAGCGACUCUCGGAACGAAUCACGGUCGUUCCCAGUCACUUGACGGUCUGCACAUUCAGGCAUCGCUUUCACAUGUGGCCAUCUCUGGUCCUUCCACGUAUGGAAAUGUCGACUUGCUCGCAGAUAUGCCAUUGCCUGAGCAGAGAUUGACACAAAGUCAGACAAAUACAUGAUUUAUUCGCUGUUCUCUAUACGUAUAUAAGGCGGCGUAUAUUGUACAUCAGCGGUGGCUCAUACAAGGGCUAUAUGUGGCUCGAGGCAGGCCAAGAAUAGGGUCUUCCUUUCGCGAGCGCGACUCGGAUCGUGCCCUUGCUGUUCUUGAUGUUCUGUGACGUGUCGAUGAGUAGACCUUCAUUGUUGGUGACCACCCGAGCUAGCGUAGGGGCAGAGACGAGGCGGUGAGCGAAGGCAUUUCGCCUUCUGAGUUGACGUCUCCUUUCUUCGACUGUCUCGAUUGCCAAGUAUCCAUAAAGUGCGGCCUGAAAAUAACUGUGUGCUCGCCGGAUCUCACUUCGCCUGUAAUAUGCGACUUUAGACAUAGACGGUUCGACUAGUCGAGCCCCGUCUCUCUUCCUUCUUGCCAUCCUGACUGCAUAUGGGCGUCGAUCUUGGAUUUUCGCGUUGUUCUUGCUGUCCUCCUUAUCCUUGCUGCCCUUCUUGUCGUGUUGUUUGUUGUCUUCCUUGUCGUCCUCCUUGUCGCCCUGCUCAUAUAAAACACAAACCAAUGGAAAAUGUCUAUGGGUACCUUUUCGGCUUGCUACGGUUUGUUGGGCGAGAAGCCACCCUUACUUGCGCCGCCGGGGGGCGGCAUACAGAGGGCCUGCCGUGGUUUGCAAGCGGAAUGAACCCAACCGGCAUGACCCGAGAUAGGAUAGAAAUGAUGGAUGAAGACACGGCGCACAGGUCGAUCGAUGGGAGCACUCGGAAUUGGUCUUGUGACACACAUGUUGACCGACUUUCAUCAACCCCAAGUACAGGAGCAUGGCCUCGUCGAACGAGCGGCUCAUUUUGCAGUCAUUAAACCGCCGAGAACACGCCCGGUGACAAAUGCCGAGAUCCAUUGGCUACUUUUCUUUCACCUGAAGAGCCGAUCUCGGAUUUUCGCGUUGUUCUUGCUGUUCUCCUUCUCCUUGCUGCCCUUCUUGUUGUGUUGCUUGUUGUCUUUCUCGUCGUUCUCCUCGUCGCCGGCCGCGGCAAUCUCAGAGACGGAUCGAUGGGAUACAGUCGAAUGAUCUUGUGCUUCUGCAUUUGAGUGUCGAUGCCGCCAUACUUGAACUUGUAAUACUUGAACUUGUGAUGGUCGUCGCCUUUCGACAGCGUACGCAGAUCGACUCUCAUCACGUUUACCCGACAACAGAACUCAUGCGCCUUCACAGAUGCAGGAUGCAGCAAAAGAGACAAAGAACAAAGACAAAACGACAUCACUCUGCAAUCCAUCAGCUCACGGGAUUCAUCGUUGUAGAAGAUCCAUCGUCAUGGAGGUCCCCUGCGCACCAGAUUGUGUCUCAUCAACGACAAGCUGUCAGCCAUGUUGGCGUUCUGCUGGUCGUCAUUGAUUGCCGGCAGCUGAGGUUGAGCGUGGUCCGACUCGCUGCUGCUCGGCGCUCUCCCUUGGUUGACAGCUCAAUCUGUGAAGAACUACAAAUACGCACAGCUCAGAGCCUCCCGUCGCAUGCAUGCACUCACACAAAAACACGUUUGCCUUCCCGCAGUUGCCCUCGCUCGCCUCAUUUCCUGUCUACUCUUCGUAGGGGAUGAUCUUGAAGUAGGCCAGUAGGGCGACCACAUACUCGUCUAGCCACAGCGACGCGACGUUCUCCUCCGGCCGCUUCGGCGUCGACGAGAACGUGCUGCCGAACGAAGCGAGUCAGUCUCGGAUGUGUCGACAAUGGGUGAAUACACGAGGUCGGUCUGAGGCCGCGAGGCCAGACCUGCUGGCAUAAGCUGCAUCCAUCCAUCAAUACACAAAGUCACACACAUUCAUCCCUUUCGUCCUUCCUCCCUUGUCCUCUCUCGUGUGCGAAUGUGUGUGUUUGUGUGUGUGUGUCGAUGUUGUCUGCUGACCUGGCUGCCGUGCUUCACCUGAGGUGAGGGUCCUCC